AUCGCUAUCGCUGAGAUCAUCAUAUUUUCGGUCAUCCAAAUUGUUCAGUUCCUCAUGAAAUUCUCCCAGGAAUGGCGGUAUUGGCAUCACAACAAACGCAAGAGCUAUGCCCGUUGCUUCAUGUAUUCUUGGUGGGGAAUGUUAGGCAUUUUGGCCCAGCUUCGAAUUGCUGGGUCGGCUAUAGUGAUUGCCAACUCUAGGCCAGACCAGUCGUUGCGUAUCGCUGAAACCGUCUUACAAAGCAUUGGCCUAUCGCCGCUUUUGUUUGAAGUGAGCCUCGUGCUUCUGCGAAGUGGACAGUCCGGUCGAACCGGUCCUGGAAACUCCCGAUAUCCCAAGCACAUUCGGUUUCUGCUCCACUUCUUCCGCUUUCCGGUCUUCAUAUCUAUUGUUUUGGCUGUGGUGGGUGGGCCUGUCAGUAUUCGUGGGUGCACAGAUGUCGGGGCAGCCGUCUUCGUUGUCACGUUCGUUUUCGUAUGCGGACUUGUCGGCUGGCUAGUUGCGAGAUAUCGGGCUGUUCUCCCAGCUGCCGGAUACCAUUGCGUGUUGAUAGUGUUGACGGCUCUUCCCUUCCUGGCAGUCAGGGUUGCCUACUUUCUGCUUGGCGAGUAUGGCUCACAGAAGUUCAGCCCUGUCAUGGGAAGCGGAGGCAUUAUGGUUGGAAUGAGCCUGGCCAUGGAGAUUUUCAUUGUCAUUAUCCUGCUGCUGGCUCGUGCAGUGACAGAACCGUUU